GUCAAUGUUACAAUUGAUACAAAUAGCAAAAAUACUGUGCACAUUGACGAGAAUACAAGUACUAUUAAAGAAAUCAUAAAUAAUGAUAACAAUGAGUCGGAUAUUAUUACUAAAAAACUGAAUGGAAAUUCGAACAACUAUCAAGGUUCAAAAACUAACGAUCAAAAGAAAAGUACAUCAGUUAAUUUAAAACGUAGCUUAGAUAAUUCUUUAUUUGAAAGUCAAAAACAUAAAUCAAAAAAAAUAAAGAAUGAAAAUGAAAUGGACAAUGAAAAACCAUUGGUUAUUGUUAAAAAUGGAAAAGUUGUAUUUAUUUGCGGUGAAUGUAAUUUUGAAGCAGAAUCUAUGAUGUUCCUAGUUAGUCAUCGAGCUCGCUUUCAUUUAGAUAUAGGUAGUUUUAAGUGUUCAGAAUGUCCAACUCAUUACAAAACUUCAGGAUUGCUUAAGCGACACAUUUCAAUGCAUCAUAAUGUUACCCAUAUCUGUAAAUAUUGUGAGAAAAGAUUUUCGAACAAACAAAGUCUUGAUCGUCAUACCAAUUGCCAUCAUAAUGAAACUCCAUUAGAGUUUCAAUGUGUCACCUGCAAUGCUUAUUUUGAUACCUUGGACAAAAUGGAAGAUCAUUUAGUUGUACAUUAUACAAGUCCUUCAAAUUCAUUUAGCUGUAAUCAUUGUGAUCGUAUAUUUACAACAUACGCUGCAAAAAACAAACAUAUUGAUCUGGAGCAUAUGAUUGAAAUUGAGUGUGGCAUUUGCCAUGUUGUUUUACCAACUAAAGAAGCUAUGGAUAAACAUAAUAAUUCUGUACAUCAACCUAAAAAAAAGGAAAACAAAAUGUAUGAGUGCACUACAUGUGGAAAAUAUUUUUCUGGUAUUAAAGAAGUUUUAAGUCAUAGAGAAACUCAUUUAUCCAAAAAAGUAUAGUUUAAUAUUAGCUUGAUAUUAUUAUUAUUAUUUUAUUUUUUAUUUUUUAUUUUUUAAU